AUGACAUUUAGUCGCCUUUCACCGUCACCUAAAAUCGAAAGUUCAUCCAGUCCUUCGAGUGUGGAGUCAGCAGGGUCUACAUGGCACACUCAAAAUGGAGAAAGUGGAGACCAUCGGAUGGUCAUAAUAUACGGACAAGAGAAAAUCCUACUAAACAAUACAUUUGACAAGUACUGGCCACACGUUUACGUUACCAUGCUGAACAUUAAUAGUGUUGAGCUGUUCCUGAAGGGAUAUGAAGUGAUAGGGAUGUUGGAGAAAGGGACGCUUGGUUUUUCCUUUAAAUUAAAAUCAACCUCCUCGGGAAUUGUCUACGUGCUAAAAAUGAUGGAGUGCCUAGACCGAACUCAUGCGGAACUGAUUCUGAAAGAAAUUACUUGUUUUCAAAAGUUCAAGCACGUGUGCGUCCCCAGGUUAAAAAAAUGUUUCAUCGCUACUGAUAAGAAAACGUCUGCGAUCUACGUAGUAACUCUGCGAAAAUUUAUUGCUAUACCGAGUUUAAAUGAUUUACUUCUGAAGAGUUACAAGCGGACUUCAAUCGAACGGAGGUUAAUAUUUCGCACUUUCGGCUUUCUACUGGAGUUACUAAACAGCUUGAAAUCCUCUGGUAUUUUAUGUUUAAACUUACAUCCAAAGAACCUAUUUGUCAAUGAAAAUGCUGUGUACGUAUCGGAUAUCGGGUGCCAAAAUCUGUUUGCAUAUUCUCGGGGAGUGGAUCAUUUUGAACACUCAUUCGCUCACUUAUAUGACUCUCACGCAUCCUCCGAACGCCAAGUCAAAUGUCCAACUAUGGUGCAAACUGAAAGACAGAAACCAAUACAUACGAAAUGGUGUGCACCAGAACUGGAAAUGUUUCAGUACACGAGUCGGAGUGACGUAUGGAGCUUGGCAUGCAUCAUGCAAAUUAUGCUGAAUACGGUGGAUCUUAGUGAGGAUAUGAUGGACUGGGCCCUAUCUACCUUGAAAACUAAACCAGAAAACUUCUUUCCUUUCUGCAACCGAUCCACCGAGCAUGAAAAAGACUUUGUUGAGAUUCUACUGAGCAUGUUGGCACCGAAACCUUAUGAGAGGGCUACUUUGGAGCAAAUUACGCAGAUGCCAUUUGUUCAAGAUAUACUAGCGAAGACACACCCAGAAGCUUUGGCAAGAGCGCAGCGUUGCUUGGUCAGUCUAGCAGACCGUCCAGUCCCUGUAAAUUCUGGGAAACAAGCCGUUUACGAUUAUCUACGAGACAACUGGAAAUACGAGCGCUGUGCUGAGGAAGCAAUCGUUUGGUUAGCGGAAUACUGUUGUCAUGAAGGAGCUCUGCAGCCGUUUCACAUGCUAUCCGUUGUGUUGCAUUCUAUGGAUCUGCAUAUCUUAAACAAGAGGCUGGUGCUUGGUUCGUUGGUAAUCCUGCGGCAUGCUGCAAAUAUGGGUCAAACUUUGAUCCACCUUCAUAGUGACAAUGGCAGAAAUAGUAACGCAGAAGAAUUCGCCAUCCUUCGGAUUAUUAUGAAGGCAAUGAAAAGUCAUUCACGUAUAGUGCUUAUACAGCAAGCCGGUCUACAUUUGCUUGACACUAUACUGGGCUCGUUCCAUGCCAGCAUAACUAAUGUUUUGCAUGAACAGAUGAUUCGGAGGAUUCAUGUAUAUGAUUAUCUGUACUUCAUUGGCACGACUACAUACAUCCUCGAGCUACUAACCAGCCAUGUGAAGGAACUGGCUUACUUGGGUGUAGACCAUCUGUGGAAAUAUUGUGUGCAUGAACGCAGCGCACAGCAGGUUGCUGAGAGCAAGGGCCUACAGACAAUAAUUUAUCUACUGAGAAACUACGCCGAUGAGAUACGUCUCUACACAGGAGGGCCACUUCUAAUACUCUCCUUGUCCCACUUCGAGCAUUUUGCAGUUCAUUUCGCUGGUAUCAAAGAAGAAUCGCACUAUCAGGCAGAUGGUCUUGAUGUUUUACGCUCUGUAUAUGAGACACAACACGAUAACAUUGCAGUGAUCGAAGCCGUGGUACAUGUCCUAUCCGCCGUGAUCAAAUAUGAUGACGUUCUUCGUGCACGUGUCGUCAGAACGGAGACACUUUGUGGACUACUGCAGGAUCUUGCGUCGAGGUUCCAAGAUCACGAAGCCCUCAUCGCUGCCACUCAAAACGGCCUUCGAAAGCUAGCCAUUCUUGCCUAA